AUGACCUUUUCCUAACAAUAGCUAGCCCCUCAGGGUCCUGGAAACUUUGCUUCCAAAACACCUUGGAGGCUUGUGCUGUCCCUAACCCCCUCCCAACUUAAAGGUAUAUAAUCAACCACUCCUCACAAGCCUGGUGCAGCUCUUUGUGCCCACGGUCCCGUCCCUGGGCUUUAAUGAAAACACCUUUUUGCAUUGAAGACGUCUCAAGAAUUCUUUCUUGGCCAUUGGCUCCGAACCUCAACAUUUCCACAUCACCUGUGUGUUUUGUUUUGCCUGCAUGUGACAUAUGUUUGAGGGUAUCCUGCGUGGACACAAAUGCUCUCCCACAUAACGAGUCCCCUGCUGGCCCCUGUGUGACACCUGUGUUCUGUGUCUUACUCUGGCUGCUCAGGGGUCCUGAGAGCUCUGUGCUGCCAGCCCCCUUUGUGGGAGCGCUUUAGGGUCUGGGGAGUAUAGUUAGCCUCCCAGCCUGGCCACCCACCAGCCAGGUGACCGAGCCUGUACUUUGGCUAAGACUGUCCCUGUGAGGGGCACUCGCAUGGGACGCCUUUCCAUACCAGCCUCAUGCCGCCCCCCGCUUUCGUAGUCUGUGCCUGAGUAGGGAGGCCACUGAAGGCCACCAUGAAACCCAGCUCUGUAUGCUCCUGAGUGGGCAGGUGGGCAGAGGCAGCUGGGGCAGUGGGGACUGGGGUUGGCUGCUUAAACCUUGGUGAGCCCAGCGAGGGGAGGCUGCAGGAGGCCAAGCCUCCUUGGGUUCCUGUCCCUGCUGGGCUCCUGAGGUCAGCAGGAUCCUGCUUUCAGCUUCAUCUGGGGAGUGUGGUGCACGUAUAUAUCUCCUGGGAGUCCGAAGGCCUUGAUCUGUGUGUCUGCCUAUUCUCUCUUGUCUACUCAUGUGCUUCGAGUGCAUGUUGGUGUGGGUUCUCGUGUGUGUGUCCCACGUGUUUGUGCCUGCGAGUCUGUGUGCAUUUCUGAGCAUGAACCCAUGUUUGUGUCUUCACUCGUGUGUCUAUUUGGGCGUCUUUGUGUGUAUUUGCAGGCAUGUGAGACUGUGCGUCCCUGCGUGUCCCAAGUGAGUGUCUCUGUGGUUGUGCCCUGUGCCUCCAUACUGUCCCUGAAUCAGCUGCAGUGAAGAUGCAGAGGUAAGUCCUGGGGGACAGCUUGGGAUGCUGAAUCCUAGGGCAUCUGCCUGCCCUGUCCGUUCCUGAUUUGCCAGGUAUCUUAGCAACGCUGCUGCCAGUCGCCUAGCAACCAGGUCCCCAUCCUUGGAGAUGGAUGUUCCAAGCAGGGUCUGGGAUAUGUGAGCAGAGCCUGUGCAGGAAGAAGGACCCCACGACUUAGAGGCUGUGACUCAGCUCAGGGGUCACCCACAUGGCAUGUGACCCCAGUGUUGGGACGGAGGCAGCUCCAUGGGAACUGUUCAGCUGCAUGGGUGCUGGGGGCCCAGGCUGUGAGGGAAUGAUGCUCAGAUGUUGCUCUGGGAUCCAGCUGUUGCAGAGACACCCUUGGUGUGUCUCAAAGUGGCAGAUGGAUCUGGGUUUGAACCCUGUCUCUGCCACUUUGACAGGUGGCUUCACAACGUUGAGGCUUAAUGCUCCUGUCUGCACAAAGGUGAUGCUGAUUGGCAGUGACCUGGUGUGGUGGGGAUGGAUGAGCUCAUGUUCAUGAUGGACAUGUGGAGCAUGCAGUAGGCACACAGGGUGCACAGCAGAGUCUAGGCAUCCUGCUUGUCCACAAGGCUCUAAUCCACUCAGGCCUCGCCAGGCAGGGGCACCGCUGUGUACCUACCCACCUGUUGGCCUGCUGUGGCUCAGUUCCCCUGGCAGACCAGCGGAGGGAGCUGUUCUGGGCACAGAAGGCCAACCGAGGCUGAUCUGAGUCCACCCGAGGCAGUGCCUCUGUGUGUUAGACGAGGCCCCACACCCUCGUCCAGUCUAUGCGUCUUGUGUGCGUCCCUGAGUCUCUGUUCCAUGUCUCUGUGUGUGUCCUUCUGUGGCUCUCUGUCCCUUGACUCAGUUCCUGUGUGGAUCCGCGUCCCUGUGUCUGUGUGUGGGAGUCUGUCUCUGUCGUUCACCUCUAAGUGUGUGCCCUGGUCCCUUGGUCUGUCCAAAGGACGUCCAGUGUGGGGCCUGGUGACCCCCCUUCCCUGCGGCCCCCUCCUCCAGCCUGCGUGGCUCCUCCUCCUCGGAAGCAGCAGUCUCCGCCCCACCCCCAGCUCCGCGCUAGGCUGCUGCGUCUGGUCUGGCGUCUUCUGAGAAGGAGCAGCCGCUCCUGCCGCUCCUGCCGCAGCCCCAUGCAGACCCGCUCUGGGGCGGCCAGUGGAUCCCAGUCCCGCUCUGCCGGUGCUGACGGUUAGAGUGUCGGCAGUCUCAGCUCCCACGCAGGUUGCUAAGGUACCAGGUGACUUUGCACACAGGGAGGUGGCAUGGAGUCCCUCUUCCCUGCCCCAUUCUGGGAGGUCCUCUACAGCGGCCAUCUGCAAGGCAACCUAUCCCUCCUGAGCCCCAACCACAGCCUGCUGCCCCCUAACCUUCUGCUCAAUGCCAGCCACGGCGCCUUUCUGCCCCUUGGGCUCAAGGUCACCAUUGUGGGGCUUUACCUGGCCGUCUGCAUUGGGGGACUGCUGGGGAACUGCCUCGUCAUGUAUGUCAUCCUCAGACACACCAAGAUGAAGACAGCUACCAACAUUUACAUCUUUAACCUGGCCCUGGCAGACACUUUGGUGCUGCUGACACUGCCCUUCCAGGGCACAGACGUCCUCUUGGGCUUUUGGCCUUUUGGAAAUGCCCUGUGCAAGACGGUCAUUGCCAUCGACUAUUACAACAUGUUUACCAGCACCUUCACACUGACUGCCAUGAGUGUGGACCGCUAUGUAGCCAUCUGCCACCCCAUCCGUGCUCUCGAUGUCCGGACGUCCAGCAAGGCCCAGGCUGUCAAUGUGGCCAUCUGGGCUCUGGCGUCUGUCGUCGGCGUUCCUGUUGCCAUCAUGGGCUCGGCACAGGUCGAGGAUGAAGAGAUUGAGUGUCUGGUGGAGAUCCCUUCCCCACAGGACUACUGGGGCCCCGUGUUUGCCAUCUGCAUCUUCCUCUUCUCCUUCAUCAUUCCCGUACUCAUCAUCUCCAUCUGCUAUAGCCUCAUGAUCCGGCGGCUGCGUGGUGUCCGCCUGCUGUCUGGCUCCCGAGAGAAGGACCGGAACCUGCGGCGCAUCACGCGGCUAGUGCUGGUGGUGGUGGCAGUGUUUGUGGGCUGCUGGACGCCUGUCCAGGUGUUUGUGCUGGUCCAAGGGCUGGGUGUUCAGCCGGGCAGUGAGACUGCUGUGGCUCUCUUGCGCUUCUGCACAGCCCUUGGCUAUGUCAACAGCUGCCUCAACCCCAUCCUCUAUGCCUUCUUGGACGAGAAUUUCAAGGCCUGCUUCCGAAAGUUCUGCUGCACUCCUGCCCUGCGCCGGGAGAUGCAGGUGUCUGACCGUGUGCGCAGCAUUGCCAGGGAUGUGGCCCUCGCCUGCAAGACCUCUGAGACAAUACCACGGCCCGCAUGACUAGGCGUGGACCUGCCCAUGGUGCCUGUCAGCCCACAGAGCCCGUCAACACCCAACACGGAGCUCACCCAGGUCACUGCUCUCUAGGCUGACACCCAACCUGUGUCCUGAGCAUUGCCAGACUCGAGGACUUCACUGUGGCUGCAGAGGGCCUGGUGACAUCAUGGGACAGGUCAGACUAAAGCUGCCCUCCUGGUGCGGAGCAGAGAGGGGACACCCACCAGUGAGUGUGCCUGGCCAGAGCCCAUGCCAACACCCUUACGCAUCACGGGCACUUCUGGCCCCUCCCCUGCUGCACCCUGUGUGCUCUUGGUGUGUACACACCUGGCGGUGACAGCAGCCCAUGUCCUUGUGCCAUGUGCUCUCUGCAUGGAGCCCUGCAGCCCCUCCUCGGGGCAGCCGGAUGAGCUCGGAGCUGCCUAGAGAGCUGGCAUGCCUCUGUGGGCAGUAGGGCUUGGAGUUGCUGAUAUGGACUUGCCUGGCACUCAACUGCUGUCACCUCCUUGUCCCCCACUCCUGCUUCUGAAAGGUUUCUCAGAGAGGCUUUUCACUCCAGAAGCACAAAGAACUGUCAGCCACAGAUGUGGCUGUCCAGGUGUACAGAGGUGGCUCAGAAGGAAGGUGGGCUGCUUGAUCACCUCAGGCCACUCUGUCAUUCUUGAAACAGCCCUGUGUGCCUGGUCUUGGCUGCACAGUGCUGGGGCGGGGGCGCGCUCUGCCAUGUUCUGUCUAGGGGUCCAUGGGUCUUCCUUGGCUCUCUUGAAAUCAGAGUUCAGCAGCUAUGCAGCUGACAGGACCCUGCGCUCUGCUUGGACCCUGGUGGACUUGGAAGAGGAGUGGCAGUUGGGGUGGGUUAUGCUCUGCCUCUGCAGUGACUGAUACUGGCUUUGUUUACAAGCCUCCAGGUGUCUGUGGGGAGGCUUGAGCUUCCUGCUGUCAGGACUAGUCUUAAAUGGUGACAAAUCAGGGUGGCUUCACAUGCAGAGCUAGUAUAAGGGGUGAGGCUUGACAGGGCCUCCUUGAGCCAAGUGUGAGAACUGCCUGGUGUGGGAACACUGUUCGGGGGGAGAGGGUCUCCCGGCGGUGGUCACCGGCGAAGCACCCUCCCUGGUCUGCAGAUGGAAGCUGCAGUUUGGUAACUUUGCAAACACUCUUCCCUGCAGAUAAACUAUUGAAAUACAACACUGAAAAGACUAUUCUGCCUCCACCUGUAAGCUGAGCUGCAGACCUCAGCCAGGUGACCUUAGUCACCUGCAAACAAUAGGAAGCACUGACUUUGGGCUUCUCCUGCUUCAGGGAGCCCUGGCUCUGUGGGGUCAUUCCUGGGGGGGAUGGAGCUGUGCUGUCUGCAGUGGGAGGCUCUGGAGACUGUAGCUGCCACAGCUGGGGCAUUUUCAUGACAAGGCUGAAAGAUCUGUGAUUUGUGCUGGUGUAACAUGUAUCUUCAUGUAUUUAUGCAUGCAACAAGUGUGAAUUCCCCUACAUGUAACCAACCCUGGUCUUGCUUCCAGGGGUCAUUGGGGGCCAUAAUAAAUCCCUGCCCACUGA